AUGGCGUACAACGAGCUAUACCAAUACUCCGUCGUCUCGUCGCUCAUGGAGGGCAUCGGGGAAACGGGGAUCCCGUAUAGCGAGCUUGUCACGCACGGCAACCAUGGGCUAGGCACAUUUCGCCGGAUGGCCGGGGAGAUGAUCUGCCUGGACAACGAAGUCUACCAGAUGAAGUCUGAUGGCUCCAUUGUGACGAUUGACCCUUCAACCGGUAACGAUGUAGCCCCUUUCGCCAUGGUUACACGCUUUCAGCCUUCCUUCACCACAAGCAUUGCGUUCGAUAGCAAGCAAGGCCUCUCUGACAUCAUGACCACACUGUUCCCAAAGACCAAGAAUCGCUAUUUGUCAUUUCGGUUGGACGGCCUUUUCAAAGAGCUGCACCAGCGCCAAACGACCUACGAAUUUACCGAUGUCCGAGGAAGCCUCAUUGGGUUCCGAUCACCAGAGUUUUUGCAAGGAGUUAGUGUGGCGGGAGAUCAUCUACACUUCAUUUCCGACGAGAGAGACCGCGGCGGCCAUGUACUGGAUUGCAAGUCUGCGGGAGAAGUCCAAUUUUCUGGGUCGAUAAUGAGCACUGUACAUAUGCAGCUCCCAGACGAUGAUGAAUAUAAUGAAGCGGACCUCGAGCUUGAUGAUGAUGGGAUACGCAAGGUUGAGGGCUGA